AUGGACUUCGCUAUUGAAGAUUCUCAGAAUGCGGCUCCUGAGGGCCAGGCCAAUGUCGAGCACUCGAAGCUCGGUUCGACAGCUUCCAAGCCGGACACCCAGAGCGUUACCAAGAGUUGGUUGAUUUUGACAUUCAUACUAACUGUCUUAUCCGCCAGACUCCAGAGUGAGCUCAUGCAGCUGAUGAUGUCCCCUUCUCCUGGCAUAUCAGCCUUUCCGGACGGAGACGGAAACCUGCUCAGCUGGACUGCCACCAUCGACGGACCUGAUGACACUCCCUAUCAAAAGCUCACCUUCAAACUCUCCUUUUCCUUCCCUACAAACUACCCAUACGCUCCUCCUACCGUCUUAUUCAAAACGCCAAUCUACCAUCCAAAUGUGGAUUUCUCUGGACGGAUCUGCCUUGACAUCCUCAAGGAAAAAUGGAGCGCAGUUUAUAACGUCCAAAGCGUGCUUCUCAGCCUUCAGAGCCUUCUAGGCGAGCCUAAUAAGUUCGUUAUAUCCGUGCUCGAUUAUUAG